AUGUACUUCACAUAUUUUUUGGUAGGCACGUUUCAGCUUUGCACCUACUGUGUUGUAAGCUGCUGUGUGACUGUACUGGGACAAAAAGUGCUUUGUUCUGUUGCAGUAUUUCAGACUUCUCAAAGGCUAAAUGUUCUUUCCUUAGGUUGUGUCUUCCCCACUUCCAACCUUGGAAAUCAGUUCACGUGCCCUCAGUUGUUUCAUGUGGACUCUCAAGGCCAGUGUGCAGAUUUCAGAGCAUACUUUGUUCAAACACUGCAUUACAUCUGCCUGUCGUGUGACACGGACUCAGAGACCCUCUACGAUCUCAUGACCCAGCACUGGCACCCGAAGAUGCCAAACCUCGUCAUCUCCGUCACCGGCGGCGCCAAGAACUUCGCGCUCAAGCCCCGCAUGCGCAAGAUAUUCAGCAGGCUGAUCUACAUCGCCCAGUCCAAGGGAGCCUGGAUUUUCACCGGGGGAACGCACUGCAGGCUGAUGAAGUACAUUGGGGAGGUGGUCAGGGACAACACCAUCAGCCGCAGCUCCGAGGAGAACAUGGUGGCCAUCGGCAUUGCGGCCUGGGGCAUGAUCUCCAACCGGGAACCCCUCAUCCGCACGGCCGACAGCGACGGGAGCUACCUGGCCCACUACAUCAUGGAUGACCUGAAGAGAGACCCCCUGUACUGCCUGGAUAACAACAACACCCAUCUCCUGCUGGUUGAUAACAGCACCCACGGGCACCCCACAGUAGAGGCCAAAGUGCGGACCCAGCUGGAGAAGUACAUUUCGGAGCGGGUCAUCCCAGAAUCUAAUUACGGUGGGAAGAUCCCAAUUGUGUGUUUUGCCCAAGGUGGUGGAAAGGAGACUUUGAAAUCCAUCAAUGUGGCCAUCAAGAGCAAGAUUCCCUGUGUGGUGGUGGAAGGCUCUGGGCGCAUUGCUGAUGUCAUUGCCAGCCUGGUAGAGGCUGAAGGCACUCUUGCUUCCUCCUGUGUCAAGGAGAGCCUGCUCAAGUUCCUGCCUCGCACCAUUUCCAGGCUCUCAGAAGAGGAGACUGAGAGCUGGACCAAGUGGAUCAAAGAAGUCCUUGAGAACCCUCAUUUACUGAUGGUGAUCAAAAUAGAACAAACUGGAGAUGAAAUUGUGAGCAAUGCCAUUUCCUUUGCCCUGUACGAAGCUUUCAGCACCAACGAGCACGACAGGGAUAACUGGAACGGGCAGCUGAAGCUGCUCCUGGAGUGGAACCAGCUGGAUGUGGCCAGCGAUGAGAUCUUCACCAAUGACCGAAACUGGGAGUCUGCUGACCUACAGGAUGUGAUAUUCACAGCCCUGGUGAAAGACAGGCCCAAAUUUGUCCGGCUCUUCCUGGAAAACGGCUUGAACCUGUGGAAGUUCCUCACCACAGAGGUCCUGAGGGAGCUGUACACCAACAACUUCAGCAGCCUGAUGUUCAAGAACCUGCAGAUCGCCAAGAACUCCUACAACGACGCCCUCCUCACUUUGGUGUGGAAGAUGGUGGAGGAUUUCCGGAGAGGUCUCAAAAGAGAUUGCAAGAACAGCAAGGAUGAGAUGGAGAUACAGCUUUCAGAGGAGUGUCCUAUCACAAGGCACCCGUUGCAAGCUCUCUUUAUUUGGUCAGUUCUUCAGAACAAGAAAGAGUUGUCCAAAGUCAUUUGGGAGCAAACCGGAGGCUGUACUUUGGCAGCCCUGGGGGCCAGUAAGCUCCUGAAGAGCAUGGCCAAGGUGAAGAAUGAUAUAAAUGCUGCUGGUGAGUCUGAGGAACUCGCUAACGAGUAUGAGACAAGAGCAGUAGAGCUUUUCACCGACUGCUACAGCAAUGACAAAGACCUGGCUGAGCAGCUGCUGACUUAUUCCUGUGAAGCCUGGGGAGGGAGCAACUGUCUGGAACUGGCAGUGGAAGCCAGAGACCAGCAGUUCAUUGCCCAGCCAGGGGUGCAGAAUUUCCUUUCCAAGCAAUGGUAUGGAGAGAUUUCAAGGGACACUAAGAACUGGAAGAUUAUUCUGUGCCUGUUCUUUUUCCCUUUAAUAGGCUGUGGUUUCAUCUCAUUCAAGAAAAAGCCUGUGGAGAAGAGUAAGAAACUCUUCUUGUAUUAUGUGUCUUUCUUCACCUCCCCCUUUGUGGUCUUCUCCUGGAACGUCAUCUUCUACAUCGCUUUCCUGUUGCUCUUCGCCUACGUGUUGCUCAUGGAUUUCCAGAAGGAACCCACGGCCCUGGAGGUCAUCCUUUACGUGCUGGUCUUCAUUCUGCUUUGUGAUGAAGUGAGACAAGGGUACAUGAAUGGCAGCAAGUAUUUCUCAGACCUGUGGAAUGUUAUGGAUACCCUUGCAGUCUUUUGCUUCAUAGCAGGGAUUGUGUUCAGGUGA